AAAUGGUACUUGACCUUUUCUUGUGUCGGACGACUGUAUUAUAUAUAUGGACUUUUUAACUAGUUGAUUUCACUUGGAUAUCUACCAAAGUCGAGCAGCAAGUAUAUAUUUUAUUAAAUUUAAUACUUUACGCAAUUUUUUUCAAAUAAUUUCCGUUAAUCUAUGUAAAUAAAACAACAAUAUAGAAAAGUUUUCCAUAUAAAAAUAAACAAUGGCGGUUAAUUUUUUUUAUAGCAGAGAGAGAGAAAAUGCCUCCAAGGAAUUUAAACAAGUACAAUGUAGUAACUGAGGAUGAUGAUAAAGAUGAGUUAGAAGCUGUGACAACCGAUCAGAAAAAAAGUCAGGAAGCACCUCCAAUGCAGAUUGUAUGGAGGAAUGUCAUCUGGAUGAUCUACCUUCAUUUGGCAGCUGUGUAUGGAGCUUAUGCAAUGUUUUAUGUGAAAUGGCAAACAUGGAUUUGGUUUGCUGCAACGUAUGCCAUGUCAGGUUUAGGAAUUACUGCUGGAGCUCAUAGAUUAUGGUCACACAGAUCUUAUAAGGCUAAACUACCCUUAAGAAUCAUCUUAGUUAUUUGGAAUACAAUGGCAUUCCAAAAUGACAUUAUUGAAUGGUCUCGUGAUCAUAGAGCUCAUCACAAAUAUUCUGAAACAAAUGCCGAUCCUCAUAACGCCAAGAGAGGCUUUUUCUUUUCUCACGUUGGAUGGCUACUUGUUAGGAAACAUCCUGAAGUCAAAGAAAAAGGAAAGAAAAUCAACAUGGAUGACUUACUUGCAGAUCCUCUCCUAAGACUGCAAAGAAAGUUUUACGUACCUGCCAUGAUAUUUCUCUGCUUUUUCUUCCCAGCCCUCGUAGCCUGGUACUUUUGGGGUGAAAAUUGGUGGACUGCCUUUUUCACUGUUGGCAUAUUGAAAUAUACUUGUGUUGUAAAUGCUACCUGGGCCGUUAAUUCGGUUGCUCAUUUGUUUGGUAACAAACCAUACGACAAGGAUAUCAAUCCCGUUGAGACUUUGGGUGUUGUCGUCGCCGCAAUGGGUGAAGGUUAUCAUAAUUACCAUCAUACUUUCCCUCAAGACUAUUCAGCCUCCGAAUACGGCUGGGGAAGAAAUAUUACAACUGCUUUUAUCGACUUUUGUGCUCUCAUUGGACAAGCAUACGGAAUGAAGAAAAUCAGCCCCGAAAUGAUUAAAAGAAGAAAAGAACGAACGGGAGAUGGAUCUUCAGGUUUUGGUUACCUUGAUCCUCCAAAGAUUCGUUAA